AUGAAUGAUUCUGAUGGUAGCAAGGAGUUAUUGCAGCAAAUCAAAAUAGACACAAUUUUUUGGAAUUCUGGGCGACUGAUCACUGUCCUGCUUAUUUUGAUUCCAGUGGCGACAAUCUUCGGCAAUACAUUAGUUAUCGUUGCUGUAAUGCGUGAACGAUCACUGCAUAGUGUUACCAAUCAUCUAAUUGUUUCACUGGCUUUCGCCGAUUUUCUGAUUAAUUCAUAUGUCUGGGGCCUUGGCGCAUUUAUGUGCAAUCUUUAUAUGGCCACCGAUGUGGCACUUUCCACUGCUUCCAUACUUAAUCUUCUCGCUAUUUCUGUAGACAGGUAUAUGGCGAUAGCGCAGCCGUUAUUGUAUGCGCAAAGCGACACAAGAUGGAGAAGAACAAAAAUUAUGAUUUUCAUUGUCUGGGUAGUCUCAGCCACUGUCGGUUUACCAAUCCUGUUGGGUGUGAAUGCUCAUCCAGACGAUGUAAUUUUGUCCAGUAAUUGUUUCAUUUCCAGUGCUGUCAGAAAAGAUUGA